GCCCAACAAGUAUCUGACCGCGAGGGUGAGUGUAUAUAAUCUGACUCUUCCCAGCUCUAGGUUUUGUCGACAGACCUGAGCCGGCGGCGUAGGGUUUCGCUCGCCCCCAACUCAGGUCAGCGGAGCUAGCACGAGACCGGCCAUGGCACCGACGCAGGCCAAGUCAGGUCUCUUCGUCGGCAUAAACAAGGGACACGUUGUCACCAAGCGCGAGCUGCCGCUUCGCCCGUCCGACCGCAAGGGGAAAGCUACCAAGAGGGUGACAUUCGUCAGAAGCUUGAUUAGGGAGGUUGCUGGUUUUGCUCCCUAUGAGAAACGCAUCACUGAGCUUCUCAAAGUUGGGAAGGACAAGCGUGCACUCAAGUUGGCUAAGAGGAAGCUUGGUACUCACAAGAGAGCAAAGAAGAAGAGAGAGGAGAUGGCGAAUGUUGUUAGGAAGAUGAGGUCUGGUGGUGGUGGUGUUGCCGACAAGAAGAAAUAGAUUUUGCACAAUCAUGAUUUCGUGGCAAUCUGUUUUAAAGUGAUUCAGUAGCUCCUGAGAAUAGAAUCUUUCUAGCCUUGGCACUGUUUUGGCCCCUAGAACAACCCAAUGGUUGUUCUGAGUAAACCUAUGAAGUUUUGGCACUAUAUCACAACAGGGUUUCUUUUUUGAGCGGCUCCAAUCUUGUCUUGAUUGUUGACGAACCUCAGUUAUUUCGGUUGCUUGGGAUACCAAAUUGGUUAGAUUGUACCAAGCUCAUAUUUUCCGUUGUGUUAUUUGCAUUGUCUGGUGUGAACUAAUGAACUAUGGUAACCUGAGAUGCCUAAUCAGAUUGUGUA